UCAAUUCUGCAAGUGGUUCUGAUUUACUAUCGCUGUUCUCUAGCCGGUCUAAAACCGCUUUUGACCUAAAGGGACGCUUUUUGGACGCCAUGGACUUUUCUAAGUUUCCAGGCAGAAAGAACAGUCAAAAUGCAGGCAGGGCACAGGACAAAGCACUAGGGACAAAAUGUAUGUGAAAUGCUUUGAUACAAAAAUGACAGUUUCUAAAAUUUUUUUAAUUUGCCGCCAAUUUCGGCCCCCGUACGUCCCGUACGGCCCGAUGCUCGCAGGGACCAGAACAUGGAAGCCGGAUGCCGGCAUCAGCCAGAGGAGAUGGCCGGGGAUGCUGCAGGGGACGCAU